AGCCGGGUGCCGCCGCCGCCGCUCGCCAGCAGCCCCUCGGCCCGGCCCGGGGGCAAGAUCCGCCGCGAUCUGGAGGCUCCGUGUCACUCCCCGACAGCCAUGAACUGCAGCGAGAGCCAGCGGCUGCGGACCCUGCUGAGCCGCCUGCUGCUGGAGCUGCACCACCAGGGCAACGCCAGCGGCUUGGGCGCCGGCCCCGGGCCGAGCAUGGGCAUGGGGGUCGUGCCGGACCCCUUCGUGGGCCGCGAGGUGACCAGCGCCAAGGGCGACGACGCCUAUCUCUACAUCCUGCUCAUCAUGAUCUUCUACGCCUGCCUGGCCGGGGGACUCAUCCUGGCCUACACCCGCUCCCGCAAGCUCGUCGAGGCCAAGGACGAGCCGUCCCCGGCCUGCGCCCAGCACGAGUGGGUCUCGGGAGGCGCCCCGGCCGCCGCCGACGCCGAGACUGCCGCCGGCUCGCCCACCGAGGGCUGCCGACCGCUCGCCCCCGCCGGGCUACCCGCCCCGGCUCUGGCCCGGGGCCCCGAGGGGGUCUAGAACCGUCACCCCAGCUCGCUGACUCGCUCGCGCCCUCCUCAUCUCGCUCAUCCCUGGGCGCAGCAUCCGCCUGCCUUGCCGCCUUUUCCUCUUCUCUCCUUCCAGGGUUCACCUGAGGCCCCGACAACGCCGAGAAGCCAGGAGACCUGGCCUGGAAGGCCCUGGAAGAAGCACCACCCUAUCCACUCCGGGGCAGCCUCUCCCAGCUCUUCCCCGCACCCCAGACCCCCACCCCUUCCCCGCACACCCUACUGCACUAAACUGCCUCUGCUCUCUUGUCUUCAGACAGCCCUGACACCACGCUCCAGCCCUUUGGGAACUGAAUCCAACACGUCCAACACUUGGCAGUGAACUGAGGCAGCGAAGUCUAUCCCAACUCUGGGCCGUCUAACUGGCAGCUGCUCCCGGGGCUGCCAGGGACUGCUCACUCUGCAGAGCCAACAGGCUUGCCAUCACUGCCAGGCCGGCUGCGGCAGCUCCGGCUUCCUGUUGCCUUAGGGACAGAGACAAAGCAAAUGAAGAGACCUCAAACAUCCUUUCCCUCCCUCCCUCCCUCCCUCCUUCAGCAGGGAGCUAGCAGGAUGCUAGGACCAGUCUGGGGCAUAGAAUGGACUUAAUGGGGACUGGAGGGGGAGGGGGGCUUCAAGGGAAAGAGGAAGACCUAGGACCCCCAACUGUGCGGCUUUUCGUGCAUCCAGUUGUCAUCCCAAAGGUAACUUGCCUGAUUUGGGGUUGCUUUGCCAUCUUCUGCCCUGGCUAAACACGGCUGGGCGUAUCACCCCAAUACUUCCAAAUGCCUCUCCUGUAUUGAUUCAGUUGUUAUAGCAGCUGUCGGCUUCAUCCGUGGAACGCGAGGCUCAGGCAUCUCUUGCUCUGUAUCCUGGGGAUUGUCAGAGGCAGGUAAUAAAGGUCGUUUAAACAAUAA